GAGACUACAAAACCCAAAAUGAAUAUCCUUCUCGAUUCCGAUUGAGACAGACCUUGUGUCCCUGGCGACAUUGUUUCUGGCCCUAGCUAAGAGAUGUCUGCAUACCACCCCCUUCCCAUGAAAGCCAUGACUUGCAUGCAAUGAGUGUGUAACCAGACGUUAAAAAGCAGCCAGGACGACACCACGCAUGUGUUAAUCUGCGCUGCAGCAGCGUGCAUCACUUCCACUUUGACCUCGGAGUUAAUCUGCAUUCAGACAGCAGCUCCAGUCAUUUUCUUUUCAUUUUUUUACUUUCUUUUUUUUAAACUGAUGGAUUUGGAAAGUGAUGCGUGAGUGUGGGGGGGGGGGGAGCAAGUGUAUGUGUGAAUGUGUCUGUGAGCGUUGUUCUCUCGCUUAACUACCUCUAUGUGCUUUCCCCACCCCCACCUCUCACUCUUUUCUCUACUCUCUAUUAUAUUAUUCUCCAAGAUUUGGGGAGCUGCUGCCUGAGCUGGCGCUUUGAUUGUAUCUGCAAGGGUUUAUGCUGUUGAUCUUAUUUCUGCACUCUGAAUAUCAAUUCCCGUGGCUGGGAGCAAUGCAUUUUCCCACUGACGGGACCUGGUAGGGGAGGGUUGUGGUGGGGGAAUCACUACAUAAUAAUAAGCAUACUAAUAACAAUAAUAAAGAAAGGAGAGACCCGUCUGCAACCAAGAGGAAAGGAGGAGUAAAACACCAAACGAUGAGUUCUCCAGUUGCAAGGAGAACAGGAAGCCGGGUACUCUCGUCUCCUGCAUUUUCUCUGAAAAUGAUGGUGUGGGUUCUGCUCCUACUCGCCCUCCACCCGGGCCUCAGUAGCCAGAAAUCAGAUGAUGACUAUGAAGAUUAUGCUUCAAACAAAACCUGGGUUUUAACUCCAAAAGUCCCAGAGGGAGAUGUCACUUUCAUCUUAAAUGGCUUACUGGAAGGAUAUGACAACAAGCUGAGGCCUGACAUAGGAGUAAAACCAACAUUAAUUCACACUGACAUGUAUGUGAAUAGCAUUGGACCAGUGAAUGCUAUUAAUAUGGAGUACACAAUUGACAUUUUUUUUGCGCAAACCUGGUACGACAGACGCCUGAAAUUUAACAGUACCAUAAAGGUCCUCAGGCUCAAUAGCAACAUGGUUGGGAAGAUUUGGAUCCCAGACACUUUUUUCCGGAACUCCAAAAAAGCUGAUGCCCAUUGGAUCACGACGCCUAAUCGCAUGCUAAGAAUCUGGAAUGAUGGCCGUGUGCUAUACACACUCAGGCUGACAAUAGAUGCUGAGUGCCAGUUACAGCUGCAUAACUUCCCAAUGGAUGAACAUUCCUGCCCCCUGGAAUUCUCCAGCUAUGGCUACCCACAGGAAGAAAUUGUUUAUCAAUGGAAGCGCAGCUCUGUUGAAGUAGGAGACACAAGGUCUUGGAGGCUUUAUCAAUUUUCAUUUGUUGGACUAAGAAAUACGACUGAGGUGGUGAAGACAACUUCUGGAGAUUAUGUUGUAAUGUCUGUGUACUUUGACCUGAGCAGAAGAAUGGGAUAUUUUACCAUUCAGACUUACAUUCCCUGCACACUCAUUGUUGUCUUAUCUUGGGUCUCUUUCUGGAUCAAUAAGGAUGCUGUUCCAGCUAGAACCUCAUUAGGUAUUACCACUGUCCUGACAAUGACUACUCUUAGCACGAUUGCCCGUAAAUCUCUCCCCAAGGUCUCUUAUGUGACAGCCAUGGAUCUCUUUGUGUCUGUCUGCUUUAUUUUUGUCUUUUCUGCCUUGGUGGAAUAUGGCACCCUGCAUUACUUUGUCAGCAAUCGGAAGCCAAGCAAGGACAAAGACAAAAAGAAGAAAAAUCCAGCACCAACAAUUGAUAUUCGACCAAGGUCAGCCACAAUUCAAAUGAACAAUGCCACGCACCUUCAGGAGAGAGAUGAAGAGUAUGGUUAUGAGUGUCUUGAUGGUAAGGACUGUGCCAGUUUUUUCUGCUGCUUUGAAGAUUGCCGAACGGGAGCAUGGCGUCAUGGAAGAAUACAUAUCCGUAUUGCGAAAAUGGACUCUUAUGCCCGCAUCUUCUUUCCCACUGCCUUCUGCUUAUUCAACCUGGUCUACUGGGUUUCCUAUCUUUACCUUUAAACAAGAGUGGAGCUACAAUAAGAGUCUUACCCAAUGCUUCCCAUGGGGAGAUGGUUUAAAGGUUCCUUUAAAUGUCUACUUACUAUAUCUCAUAUGCUUAAUAUUGGUCUCAAUUCAUUUGUGCCAUAAUACAGAAUAUCCUAAUCAUGCCAUGUCAUUUGUCCCCAACUUUCCUUUGGUUAAUGUGAUUUGGAUAUUACUGAUUGAACAUAUGAAAACUGUUAUGUAAAUGGAAAAUAAGAAUGUUGAAAACAAAAGUAGAUCGACAUGUAGCAAUGGCAGCUGUAACAGAAAUGGAGGGGGUAUGAAAUUGAAGUAGUGAGAUACCUUUUUCCUUCCAUUGUACAAAUAUAUACAUGCAAAAAAAUUACAAGAAAUGUGCAAUGUGUUUGCUUGGGGUAGAGAAACAUGGUCAAUCUUUACCCUUUAGUAUCUUUUCAUUUUGAGAAACAUCAUCUCUCAACUCAAAUAAGUGUUACUAGCCUAGGCAAGUUAUCCUCCCAUACCCCCAAGCUAAUAAUAGAAGAACAAAAUACUAUCCUUUUAAGAGCACAUGUAAAAUGUUGUAAAUAUUAAAGUACCUGAUAAUGCUUAAAGUAGUGCAUGCAUCAUUUUAGGGCCAAAAUAAAUGAAGCAAAGAUACCAUAAAGUAUUGUCUUUUAUUUUGUGGCUCUGGGCUGUAAAUGACAAAUGUGAAUAGAAUCAUAAGGAAUCAGGUCUGGGUUUGGGAUUGGGGAGGAGAACUUAGCUGCCCUCUCAUGCAUCAUGAUUAAAACAGCAUUUUUUGUAUGACAGUUUAAGAUACCUUAAUAUAUAUAUAUACAUAUAUAAACAAAACAGUCUACAUUCGCCUCUUCUAAAUAGUCUACGAAUCAAAAAGGAUUGCCAAUUUCUUAUCUAGUUUAUUAAGUGACUGUAUGUGCUUGAUGCUAUUCUUUUCUUGCUUUCUAGUCCAUUAGAUUGCAAUAGAAAUUAUUCUCCAUCACAAGAUCUGCUUCAGGCUAUUAAUACAUAAGCUGCUGGUGACUCCUUCCAUUCCAAGCUCAAAUGAUGAUUAGUCAUCUCACAUGGGGUAUUUGUGGAGUGAUACAUGAUCUCUUGGAAAUAACCAGAAGGGUCAGAAGGAAUUUCAGUUUUCAAUCAUUCUCAUCUGAAAUUUGUAUUUCUUUUUUGGGCAAAGCUAAUUUUUGUUUUUCAUCUAAACAAUGGGAUUUUCUUUUUCUUUUCUUUUCUUUUUUCCUUUUUGUAUGUAGAAAUGAUGUUAUGAAUAUGCAAUCACUUGGGCAUUCUCUUUGCUUUUAUUUUUCCAUUUCUGGGAAUGGGUUGGAGCCAUUUCAACCACACCCUCUCAUAUGAAUCACUGGCACAGAUUUCCAAAAUUCAUACAUGAUUGAGGUUAAAGGAAUUAUCUGUAUCUAAGAACAGAAUGGCUUAUACACAGCAAGCAUUCAAUAAGUAUGAAUUGAAAGAAUGGCCCACAUAGGGAUCAAAACAAUGACCUUGACUUUGUUAGACUAUACUCUUAGUAAGCUAAUCAAACUAAUAACUUUGAACAUGAUAUUGUGCCAUCUAAACAGUUUGUUCCACCUCAUAGCUUUGUUUCUGUACAGCAAUACUGCUUUAACACGUUUCUCUUCUGUGGUAUAGUUCCUGUAAGACAGAAUAUGACCAUCACUAGUAUACAAUUUAGAGACGACCCCAAAUUAUCAGAGGGAAAUAAAGUGUCUUUGCUAAUAGACAAGCUAUAUGUAGUUUGUAUUUCAAACCAUCUAUUCCAUCUGGAUGAAUCUUGAAACUCAUUCAACCACAGGUUUUCCAACCUUUGAUCAUAUCUGAUAUGCUCAAUUAUGCAACCCUAUGCCUAUGUAAAUGCAAUCAAUUCUCUUUCAAUAUUUUUUCUCUAAUUGUCAAAGUAGUAAAAUGCUUACUUUAGGAGAGUUGUUGGCAAAUUUAGAGAUGUGUGAGAGAUGUGUGCUAGUUGUCAUGACACAAUUGUUUUAUGACAGAAGAAGGCACAAAAAAAGCUUGUUUUCCAAUGUUUGUAUAGGUUUGGAAAUUUACAUGCACAGAAAGAUAAACUAAUUCUGAAUAUCAUCUAUCUUUGUCAAAUGUAUUUGAAAUCCUUUUCCGAAAGGAAUUGCACAGACCUGUGGACUUUUACAAUAAAACUGCUGCUCUUAAAUACAA